AUGCCUCGCUGGCCCCUUCCUGCCGCCUCCUCUCUGUUCCCCUCGCCCGUGCCCUCCGCAUGCCCUCUCUGGCUUCCCGCGCCCGCUCCGUCCCUUGCGCCAGAGUUCCGCCUUCCGUUCUGCUCUCUUGGCGACUUCCGCCUGCCUCGUACCGCCUCUCCCUCGAUCCUCCUCGCCCCUCUGUCCAUCCCCACUGCACCAACGGCGGUCCGUGCACCUCCCGCUCCUCUCAUCUGCUCAUCUCGCGUCGCGGCCGCCUCUCUGGCGAUGGUGAACAGGCGUCCAAGUGCUCCCUCCAAGUGCGCGGCUGACGCCGCGGUGACUGCUCCCCCGCGUACUUCUCCCUGCGUGCGCCGCUCCCUCUCCGCCGAGCGGGACCGCUCCUUCUUCCCCUUGCCGCGCGGAUUCGGCGCCUGCCAUGCUCGAUGGCUCAUCUCUGGCCCGCCCAGCUCCUGCCGUCAGGAGCUCUCCGUGCGCCGCCCUUCCUCGUGGGGAUCGUCUCGACCACGCGAUCCCGGCGGCGGGGCCUCUAAUUACGCGACCGCCACCGGGCUCGUCUCCGCUUGCGCCUCUUGUCGGCUCGGUUGCCGCACCGCCCGUUCCUCCUGUUCGCGCCUCAUUCGCCCCUUCCUCCUCGUCCUCCGCGCCCUGCUCCGGCGUCUCUUCUUGAACUGCAUUGCGCGGCGAGUUCUCUCCGCGAGCGACGCUACCGCCGCUCCCUCCUUGUCCGCGAGACCGCUCGCCGAACGCCAACCACCGCCCUCUCUCGUCGCGACGUCGUCCGCGCUCCUCCGGGGAGCGGAACAACCUUCCGCCGCGGUGGUUUCCGCCCUCCGCGCCAGGUCCGCGUCCACUCCCCUGGAGCCACGCAUUUCGAUCCGCGCGUUCGGCGUGUCCUUUGUCAUUCCCUCGCGUAUCUGCUACUUGACCGUCCCUCACAGCAGGGACCAGAUCGGCGCGGAAGGCGGGACGGCGCGGCGAUCGCUCCAUGGAUCGCCCACGCUCUCAUGA